AUGUCCGGCGCGCGGCAUUGGGAACAAGAUAAAGAAGCCACUGUCUAUAUUGGAAACCUCGAUGAACGGGCCUCAGACAGUCUCGUGUGGGAGUUGAUGCUGCAGGCUGGUCGCAUCGUGAACGUCCAUUUGCCAAAAGACCGGGUCACACAAUUACACCAGGGCUAUGGCUUUGUUGAAUUUAUCAGCGAAGAAGAUGCCGAAUAUGCAUCAAGAAUUAUGAAUGGAAUUCGCGUCUUCGGCAAACCUAUUCGCGUGAAUAAGGCAUCGGCCGACAAACAAAAGACCGUAGAAAUUGGCGCCGAACUCUUUGUUGGCAACCUCGAUCCUAUGGUCACCGAGCAGGUGCUUUAUGAUACAUUCAGCCGUUUCGGUAACCUGAUCAAUCUACCCAAGAUUGCUCGCGACGACAAUAAUCUCUCCAAGGGCUAUGGGUUUGUCUCGUUCGCCGACUUCGAAUCUUCCGAUGCGGCCAUCUCCAACAUGAAUGGCCAGUACUUGAUGAACAAACAGGUGUCGGUGCAGUAUGCUUACAAGAAGGACGGCAAAGGCGAGAGACAUGGUGAUGAGGCAGAGCGAACACUGGCGGCGCAGGCACGUAAACACAAUGUUCAGCCUCCCACACAGCAGCUUCCGCCUCAAUUUGGUGCGCCUGGUCCCGUUUCGGCAACGCCUGUCAUGUCGAAUGGUGACAUUUCACGACCCUUGAGUACCGCACCAUUGCAACCAGACGCUAGCAUGGGUCGCCCUUUACAAGCUAUGGGUUAUCAGAAUGUACCUCCUCCACAACAUCGAUCUGUUCCUCCUCCCGCACAGUCGCUCAACACGCCGCCACCUGGGCUCCCUGCGCGGCCCCCACGAUCUCAAGCCGGAUAUGGUGGUCCCCAGACCUUCCUACCCCCUGGAUUCAAUGGUGCGAGUCAGCCGCCUUUUAACCCACAAACUGCGCCACCUGGAAUCGGGCCACCUGGAUUCGGACCUCCGGCUGGUACGCCUCCAUUGCCCCCAGGCUUCCAACAGCCUGGAUAUGGUGGCAGCCGGUGA